AAGCAUCAGCAUUCCCGUGUGGGUGGACGAUAGUCAUGAGGUGUCCUUCUCUCGCGCGGUUGCCAUACCGCGCCGUUUCUGGCUUACCCAGAUCUGCCGUUCGUCUUCAGUCUCAGAACUUCCUUACCAGAAGAUGCGCGUCGACGGCUGUUCUCCGUUCUCCCACUGCUGCCCCGGCUUAUCAGUCUGUCCUGAACAGACAUCUCCAGCAAAGGAGAUAUGCCUCAGGUACUGCCGCUGCUGUUCUUGAAGCCGCUGCCUCGGACAACUUGUCUCAGGAGGCAAUCAUUGAGAACCUUAACCCUGUUGAGGCAGAGCGGCUGUCCAGAGUCCGGAAUAUCGGUAUCGCUGCGCACAUCGACAGCGGCAAGACUACAUGUACCGAACGUGUCCUUUUCUACACCGGCCGUAUCAAGGCAAUUCACGAGGUUCGUGGAGGUGACAAGGUUGGUGCUAAGAUGGACUCCAUGGACUUGGAGCGUGAAAAGGGUAUCACUAUCCAAUCCGCUGCCACAUUCUGUGACUGGGUGAAGAAGGACGAGGAUGGCAAGGAAAACAAGUAUCAUUUUAACUUGAUUGAUACACCUGGACAUAUCGACUUCACCAUUGAAGUCGAAAGAGCGCUGCGUGUUCUCGAUGGAGCCGUCAUGAUCCUGUGUGCUGUUUCAGGUGUCCAAUCUCAGACCAUUACCGUCGAUCGACAGAUGAGACGUUACAACGUUCCCAGAAUCUCCUUCGUCAACAAGAUGGACCGUAUGGGAGCCAACCCGUUCAAGGCUGUCGACCAGAUCAACAACAAGCUCAAGCUUCCCGCUGCUGCGGUCCAGGUGCCUAUCGGUGCUGAGGACGAAUUCGAAGGUGUGGUCGAUUUGAUUCGCAUGAAGGCGAUUUACAACAGAGGACCCAGCGGUGAGGAGCUCUUUGAAACGGAAGAAAUUCCCGAGAAAGUCAAGAGCACUGUAGAGGAAAGGCGGAAGAAGCUCAUCGAGACUCUUGCUGAUGUGGAUGAUGAGAUCGCCGAGCUCUUUAUUCUUGAAGAAGAGCCUACCGAGCAGCAGUUGAAGGCUGCGAUCCGCCGCGCAACCAUUGGCCUGAAGUUCACUCCAGUCUUCAUGGGCUCUGCUUUGGCGAACAAGUCCGUGCAACCUAUGCUGGACGGUGUCGUUGACUACCUUCCCAACCCUGCGGAGGUGCAAAACCUUGCCCUUGACAAGAAGCGUGAUGAGGCCUCGGUAAAACUUGUCCCAUACCAGUCCCUUCCACUGGUUGGUCUUGCUUUCAAGCUGGAAGAAAGCAACUUCGGUCAGUUGACAUACAUCCGUGUAUACCAAGGAACCCUCCGUAAGGGUGCCAAUGUUUUCAAUGCCCGUAACGAUAAGAAGAUCAAGAUUCCUCGCAUUGUCCGUAUGCAUUCCAAUGAGAUGGAGGAAGUUAGUGAGGUCGGUGCCGGUGAAAUCUGUGCCGUCUUCGGUGUUGACUGUGCCUCUGGUGAUACUUUCACUGAUGGACAACUUGGCUAUACCAUGUCUUCUAUGUUCGUUCCUGAGCCUGUCAUCUCUCUUUCGAUCAAGCCCAAGAACAACAAGGAUGCCGCCAAAUUCUCAAAAGCUAUGGCUCGUUUCCAGAGAGAAGAUCCUACCUUCCGGGUGACCUACGAUGUCGAGAGUGAACAGACUCUUAUCUCUGGAAUGGGUGAACUGCACCUUGAUAUUUACGUGGAGCGCAUGCGUCGUGAAUAUAGUGUUGACUGCGAGACUGGCCCGCCGCAGGUCGCAUACCGCGAGACCCUCGGCAACCGGGUUGAGUUCGACCAUCUGCUCAAGAAGCAAUCGGGAGGUCCUGGAGACUACGCCCGUGUGGUUGGUUGGAUGGAGCCAACCGGCAAGCUCGAUGACAACGUCUUUGAGGAGCAGAUUGUUGGUGGAAGUAUUUCUGAGAAGUUCCUGUUCGCUUGUGAGAAGGGUUUCCAUCUUGCUUGCGAGAGGGGACCUCUUAUCGGUCACAAGGUGCUUGGUACCAAGAUGGUCAUCAAUGAUGGUGCCACCCACAUGACGGAUUCCUCUGAAAUGUCCUUCAAGAAUGCCACCCAACAGGCCUUCCGUAAGGCAUUCAUGGACAGCGGCCCAGCUGUUCUUGAGCCUAUGAUGAAGACUGUUGUGACUGCUCCCGCUGAGUUCCAGGGUGAUGUCAUCUCGCUCCUGAACAAGCGCAAUGCCACCAUCAACGAUUCCGAGGUUGGCGUUGAUGAAUUCACUGUGUACGCCGAUUGCAGUUUGAACGGCAUGUUCGGCUUCAGCAGCAACCUGCGUGCGGCCACUCAGGGUAAGGGUGAAUACACGAUGGAAUUCAGCCAUUAUGAGAAGUGUCCUCCUCAAGUCCAAAAGGAACUUAUCGCGAAGUACCUCAAGGCUCAGGCCGACCGUCACAAGAAAUAAACCUCUUACGGCUAGACCAAGAGUUUUUGACAUGUUUUACUAUUGGAGUUGUUUUUGAGCGUCUCCUUAUCCCAUAUUCAUCGGCCGGUUUACGUUCUUCAAUGAGUGCUCGGAUGGAGGCGAGAUUUUCUUUUUACCAUCUUUUUCAUUAAUUUGUGUCAUGUAUUAUAUACAUUUUAGACCCUGUGGGCUUACGAAGAUAUUAUUUUAAAAAUCAAUUUCGAGCGUGAUUAAAACAGUGUUCGUUAUCUAUUGUACCUUGGGUGGGUUUACAGGUUGUACAUAUAUCUUCUGGGUCUUUUCAUCUCCUCUCAUAUACUUUCCGAAUACAAGGCAUGAAUCAUAU